AUGUUGAAAGAUGCACAAAAUGUCAAUGCAAAGAUCGCGGGCCGCUUCACCACCCUCGGAAGCGACAUGACCUUGUCCGAACUUCCGGCCAUUUCACAGGGUGUCAAGGCUCUUCGUGAGCAGAUGACGGAAAACGCAGACGAUACUCGGCUUGAAAAGCUAACGUGCGUUGGUGCCGCCCUCUUCGACUCUCGAGGGGUGGAAGAACAUGGUGGGUGCCUCGAGGGCACCCAGAUCAAAGGCCUGAAUACAAUUCAAGGCUGGGUAGAAGAUCCAGAUGCUCCCUUCGUAUUCUGGCUUCAUGGUUUGGCUGGUACAGACAAGUCCAGUAUCGCCCUGACCGUUGCUCAACGCCUUCACCAGCGGAAGCCUUUUGCCACUUCAGAACCUCCGCAUACAUCUCUCGUGCUUGGAGCCAGUUGGUUCUUCAAUAACAACGAUAAGAAUCGAACCUCGGGGACGAAUCUUGUCACUACUGUCGCGCGAUGCUUGGCAUCUGGUGUACCCAGACUCAGGAGUCACAUUUCGAAGGCGAUCCAAGACAAUCUCAAUGUCGACAACAAGUCACCUUGUGAGCAGCUUCGCUUGCUCGUCCGCGAUCCUUUCUUAUCUCUUGAUGAGGAGUUGUUUUCGCCCAUCUGGUUCCUUAUCGUUAUAAACGCUCUUAAUAAGUGUUCAAACGCCAAAGACAUUCUUCAACUUCUUCAAAACCUCAACCUCGAAAAGCCAAAGGUCCAAAUCCGGAUCCUGGUCACUAGCCAGAAGGAGAUUUACAUCUCCAAGUCUUUCGAGGCAGUUCUUCGGGGCCUCUAUCGUUCGGCCGAACUCGAAAAGAUUGGGAGUCAGAGUCAUGUCAAUGAUGGGGACGGCGCAUUCGCUGUAGAUGGAGCCGAGGUGGUCGGCAUUGACGACAUUUCCACGUUUCUCAAACACACGCUUUCACGAAUUGCCAAUACUCAAGAGUGGCCUAAGGAAUGGUUAAACAACGAUAAGAUUGAGAGGCUGAGAAAGAUGGCAGGGGGUUUAUUCCUGUGUGCCUUUGUAGCUUGUCGAUUUCUUGACCAUGAGCUGGACGACGAAGAUCUCGACGGUUGA